UCUUGGAAGAGACUGAGGCUUAGCCAUUCGGAAGGUUGCGGAUCCUCCGGGGACGCCCCCGGCAACCCUCAUCACCAGGAUCAUACCUGUCCUCCAGGGAUCAGGGCAGGGAGGCAGCAUUAGGCUCGUACCCAGCUGGGUCCCCCUGGCCACCCGCCUCCUCUUCCCCGCGGGAUCCCCCGGAGCGCGCCCGUUGCCCACGCCCUCUCCGCCGAGCCUGGCUCAAGGCUCCCGCACGCAGCACCUCUCCGGAGCGUGGCUGGCUGACUGGGCAUGCUCCGGAGCCCGGCCCGGAGCCCUGGGAGCCGAGCGCAUGCACUCGCCGGGCCGGGGGCUCGCCGUCCAGGGGCGCGGUGCUCAGGCGACCGCUCUCGCAGACGCGCUGGCCAGCUUGCGCCGGACGCGAGCCAGGAUGGCCUCCCUCACCGCUUACGACAAGGAUGUGAGCAGUGCGAGUUAUAACCUGUCGUCCGCGACAACGGGCAGCUACUACAGCUGUGUCAGCCAGAUCACCAUAGGCUAUGAUGUUGCUGGGCCUGUUGCAAUCGGACUCACCCACUGGAAAAAUCCCUAUGUCCAAAACAGACCCACCCUCCCAUCAGAUCUGCCCCUCUUCCUCUCCAAAGAUGGAGGCAUCCCUGUGUACCACCAAUCCUUUCCUCGAAAAGCAGACCUGGCCACACCCUUGUCCUGUCCAGCCUCCCUGUCCAUCACCCCAGUGCCUUCUUACAGUAGCAGCAGCCAGGAGACCCUGAGUCAAGACACAACAGGUUUAAGUUUAUCUAUUCAUGGGGCUGAAAAGCGCUUGCAAAUCCAUCAACGGCGAAGUGUGGCAAGUCGCCCAGGGUCACAUCGUCGCCUGCCUGUGGUCAGGCAUUCCUCACUCCCACCAGGCAGAAGGUCAAUAAAAAUGGAGGCCAGCUCUUCUGGAACCACUAAUGGAAAAAACAAAGUUUUCCAUGCAGAAGGUGGAGUGGAUUUACAAGGCCACCAGCUGGAUAUGCAAAUCCUGCCCGACGGCCCAAACAGUGACGUGGACUUUUCAGAGAUUCUUAAUGCAAUACAAGAAAUGGCCAAGGAUGUCAAUAUUCUUUUUGAUGAAUUAGAGACUGUCAACAGCCCUUGCAAAGAUGAUGAUUCCCUCCUACACCCUGGAAACCUGACCAGUACUUCAGAGGACGCCAGCAGACUAGAAGCAGGGGGAGAGACAGUGCGGGAACGAAAGAAAUCAAACGGACUUUACUUUAGAGACGGAAAAUGUCGAAUUGACUACAUUCUUGUGUACAGAAAAUCCAACCCUCAGACUGAAAAGAGAGAAGUAUUUGAAAGGAAUAUUAGAGCAGAAGGAUUACAAAUGGAGAAAGAGUCCUCUCUAAUAAAUAGUGACAUUAUCUUUGUGAAGUUGCAUGCCCCAUGGGAAGUCCUUGGAAGAUAUGCAGAGCAAAUGAAUGUAAGGAUGCCUUUCAGGAGAAAAAUCUAUUACCUGCCCCGCCGGUACAAGUUCAUGAGCAGGAUCGAUAAACAAAUAAGCAGGUUCCGGAGAUGGUUACCUAAGAAGCCAAUGAGGCUGGACAAGGAGACACUGCCAGACCUGGAGGAGAAUGACUGCUACACUGCCCCUUUCAGCCAGCAAAGGAUCCAUCACUUCAUCAUACACAACAAAGACACUUUCUUCAACAAUGCCACAAGAAGCAGAAUCGUGCACCAUAUUUUACAAAGAAUAAAGUAUGAAGAGGGAAAGAACAAAAUCGGUCUGAACCGCUUGCUUACCAAUGGCUCCUAUGAAGCUGCCUUUCCCCUGCAUGAGGGAAGUUACAGAAGUAAAAACUCCAUUAAAACCCAUGGCGCAGUGAACCACCGACAUCUCCUCUAUGAGUGCUGGGCUUCCUGGGGUGUAUGGUAUAAAUACCAGCCUUUGGAUCUUGUAAGGCGGUAUUUUGGCGAGAAGAUUGGACUGUAUUUUGCCUGGCUAGGCUGGUACACAGGCAUGCUCUUCCCUGCAGCCUUCAUCGGCUUGUUUGUCUUCUUGUAUGGAGUCACCACUCUGGACCACUGCCAAGUCAGUAAAGAAGUCUGCCAAGCGACAGAUAUCAUCAUGUGUCCUGUAUGUGACAAAUACUGUCCAUUUAUGAGGCUGUCGGACAGCUGUGUUUAUGCCAAGGUGACACACCUUUUUGACAAUGGAGCCACUGUGUUCUUUGCUGUGUUCAUGGCUGUCUGGGCCACCGUUUUCCUGGAAUUUUGGAAGCGACGCCGAGCAGUGAUUGCUUACGACUGGGAUCUGAUAGAUUGGGAGGAGGAGGAGGAAGAAAUACGCCCCCAAUUUGAAGCCAAGUAUUCUAAGAAAGAGCGGAUGAAUCCCAUUUCAGGAAAGCCAGAACCUUACCAAGCCUUUACUGACAAAUGCAGCAGACUUAUCGUUUCUGCAUCAGGAAUAUUCUUCAUGAUCUGCGUGGUGAUCGCUGCCGUGUUCGGGAUCGUCAUUUACCGGGUGGUGACUGUCAGCACUUUCGCGGCCUUUAAGUGGGCGUUGAUCAGGAAUAACUCCCAGGUUGCAACCACGGGGACCGCAGUGUGCAUAAACUUCUGUAUCAUUAUGCUGCUGAACGUGCUCUAUGAAAAAGUCGCGCUCCUUCUGACUAAUCUAGAACAGCCCCGCACAGAAUCCGAGUGGGAGAACAGCUUUACCCUGAAAAUGUUUCUUUUUCAGUUUGUCAAUCUGAACAGCUCCACGUUUUACAUCGCGUUCUUCCUCGGAAGAUUCACAGGACACCCAGGUGCCUACUUGAGAUUGAUUAACAGGUGGAGGCUAGAAGAGUGCCACCCCAGCGGAUGCCUUAUUGAUCUCUGCAUGCAGAUGGGUAUUAUAAUGGUGCUAAAGCAGACCUGGAAUAAUUUCAUGGAACUUGGCUACCCGUUAAUCCAGAAUUGGUGGACCAGAAGAAAAGUUCGACAAGAGCAUGGGACUGAAAGGAAAAUAAAUUUCCCACAAUGGGAAAAGGAUUACAACCUUCAGCCGAUGAAUGCCUAUGGACUCUUUGAUGAAUACCUGGAAAUGAUCCUUCAGUUCGGAUUCACAACUAUCUUUGUGGCAGCCUUCCCCCUAGCACCACUUCUGGCCUUACUGAAUAACAUCAUUGAAAUCCGACUUGAUGCGUAUAAGUUUGUUACACAAUGGAGAAGACCUUUGGCUUCGAGGGCCAAAGACAUAGGAAUUUGGUAUGGAAUUCUCGAAGGCAUUGGAAUUCUCUCUGUUAUUACGAAUGCAUUUGUCAUAGCAAUAACAUCUGACUUUAUCCCUCGCUUGGUAUAUGCUUAUAAAUAUGGACCUUGUGCGGGCCAAGGAGAAGCCGGGCAAAAGUGCAUGGUUGGCUAUGUGAAUGCCAGCUUGUCUGUGUUCCGAAUUUCUGACUUUGAGAACCGAUCUGAGCCAGAAUCUGAUGGCAGUGAGUUCUCAGGAACUCCUCUGAAGUACUGCAGAUACCGGGACUACCGGGACCCUCCUCAUUCACUGGCACCCUAUGGCUACACAUUGCAGUUCUGGCAUGUCCUAGCAGCCCGGCUGGCUUUUAUCAUUGUUUUUGAGCACCUCGUGUUUUGUAUAAAGCACCUCAUUUCCUAUCUGAUACCAGACCUCCCGAAAGAUCUAAGGGAUCGAAUGAGGAGAGAGAAGUACUUGAUCCAGGAGAUGAUGUAUGAGGCUGAGCUGGAGCGACUUCAGAAAGAGCGGAAAGAGAGGAAGAAGAAUGGAAAAGCACACCACAACGAGUGGCCAUGACCAAGUAGGUGACCAGUGUGCCCCGGGGGAAGCCACAGUCAGGUCAGGUGACAGUUGAUCUCCGGGCUAAAGACCUGAAUUUUGUUUACUUCUCCCAGCAGUGCAAAAGCACAUUCAUGUGAAUGACUAGCAAUGCACCCGCAGCGCAUGCUGCAAGAUACCGCCAUGCAGCCGCAGACAGGGCGGCAGUCAGGGAAGGACUGAGAUGGAGUCCCGCUGUCGUGAAAUCAUGCUGCAGUCCAGCACACAAUUGCUAUCUAUCCAUAGACCAUUCUUGACCAAGCAAGCAUGCACGUUACGGGCAGUUAACAUUCUCAAGUUUUUAAAACCAAGGGGGAACUUGUAUACUGGGCCCGUUUUUUCAGCCUGUUUGCUACCUUUUUUGCAUUCUAUCCCAUGUGAAUUUUACAGACACUGGGCUAAAAAGGGGGUUAUUUGAACACCUAGACACAUUCCUAGAAUGUCAUCAAGCCCUAAUUCUACGUCACCAAAUGACACAGACAAGACCCUGUUUACAACUUUUUCUUUCUUUUUUUUUAAGUUCAGAUCUUUCUGAGGAGAUGAUUCUAUAUGACAUAUCUAUAGCUAUGUGUAUGGCCAUAGAUGUAUUUCUGUGUGUACAUAUGUAUAGUCAUGUAUUCCUACAUAUGUACAUACAAAUGCAGAGAUAUAUAAAGUACAUAGGAAUUCCUUAUUUGUAAAUAGCCAAAAGUACUGACAUGAAUGAUGAAUUUUCACAUUUAAACAGUCACCAACAUGAAGCCAUGUUAAUGCUUGUACAACAUGACACAAUAAAAUUUAAAAUAAAUUUAUGCACAUGGAA